AUAUCCCGCCCGAAAACAUCUUCGAUUCGUUGAUCAGUCCAGGCAGCGGCGGCAUAUUAUUACGUCGCCUCUGAAAUUGGUCAGCAAGGACCGCCCAAGCCAGACCAUGCCAUGAUGCAGUCUGUAAACCGCAACCUCGCCGUGCAGUCUCACCUCGACUUGGAAGUCGUCGAGCCCGUCAGCUAGCAUAACGGACGAGCCGAAUAGAGCACUCGCUAAAGAAACACCCUACAUAUGCCUCGCAAGAACAUGCCGUCUCCCGAGAAACGCCGUCCGCCCGUGGGUACCGGACCCAAAGGCGCCGGCAUCAACGGCCCACGCUCUCCACCGCGUCCAUCCCGCACUACCCCGAGUAGCCCCCGCAAAGGCGGUGGCAGCAACAACCCCAGCAACGCUCCCAGCAGUAGCGGCACCUUCAUCGCCCCUCCUCCGCGAGCAGCUCUAAGCCGCGCGUCUUCCCCAGCCCCGGCCUCCGCCAACCCGCGCAAUAAUACCUCCAGCAAAGACCCCGCCGGUCCGGGUCCGGGCCUGCUCCCACUCAACGCACCAGCGAACCGCCGUUCCGCGUCCCCUUCGCCGUUACCACAUCUCGCAACAGCUGCCGCAUCAACAGCAACCGCAACAGCAACGGCAACAACCGCGAUCGCGCCGACUAUCACUCUGGCCAGUGCACAGUCGGCCCUCCGCGAGAAGGAGCUGCGCAUCGCCUCGCUCGAGCGCGAGCUGGCGCUGAUGGAGGCCGAGUUUGUGCGCGAGCUGGACAAGCUGAGCAGCGCCGAGAGCGACACGGCGGCCUUCUGGCAGGCCAAAUAUGCGGCCAUUGAGAAACAGCUGGCUCUGAUCCUGCAGGCGCAGGGGGAAGAAGCUCCUUGUAUGAGACAAAGGGAGAAGGACGAGGACGAGGGGACCGAAAGGGAGAGGGAGCGGGAGAACAAGGCCAGGAUGGAGCAGGAGCUGGAUGAGUUACGGGGCGCGUGGGAACGGACGAAGGAGACGCUUGCUCGGAGGGAUGAGGAGGUUGCGCAGCUCAGGGCGCAGGUGAGGGGCCUCAAGGAGUGGGUUAGCACGAGCACGCGGACGGAUGGGCAGGCCCAGACGAGUGACGAGGUGUUUGGGGAGGGGAUGGCGAAGUUGGGGAACGGAUUGCAAAACUGGGUGCUGGUGAAUUUUAGGAGGGCGAAGGUUGAUCUAUCCAGCGCCGACGAAGAGACGAUCUCGGAAUUGGCCCGUCUGGUGCCCAUGUACGAAGAGCUAGCCUCGACCUUCAAAAUCCAUCUGCUUCAGUCGGUCGUGUCGCGGUUACUUGUGGACCUUGUGUUUGACGCCUACUUUGUCGGCCUUCCGACCAAUGUGGCUGGCCAGAUUCGGCAGGUUGAGGCUUUUCUGUCAUCAUUUGCAUCGUCUCCGGAGUGGAUCAACCAAUGGCGCUCACUUACCCUCACGAUGCUCAAGAAAGACGCCAAUGAGAAGCUACAGACAGAGACAACGGCCGUCGUUGGCACGGUCGUGUCCAAGGUCAACAGGCUGCUCGAUUCCAUCACGAACACGAAGUCAAGCGAGGCGCGAGACCAAGGUCUACAGGCGCUCGUCUCCAGCGCCAUUGAGAUCUCAAGGCUGCUGGCCGUACAAAGGGCCGUCUUCACGAUCGAGAUGCCCGAGAUCCUGCCGCACCAGCGGACCAUGUUUGAUGCCGAGACCAUGGAAGACAUCGGCGGCGAGGACGAGGACAGCUUGGCCGACAGGGAUAUUUGCUGUAUCACGUUCCCCGGCAUCAUCAAGCGGGGAGACGAGAGCGGAGGGCAUCUGCAGUAUCGGAACGUCAUCUCCAAGGCAAAAGUCAUCUGCAGUCCGGAGUAAGGGGCACUGUCCGUGGUUCCAUUACGAGUACAGAGUUGCCGAGCUCAAGGUGCUACGCUGCACUUGGACUGGUUAGAGGAGAUUGAGCCACCCCUUGACGUGUCUCGGAGCAUCCGGCAUGCAGGCUCUGGACUAUUCUAGCUUCCUAGGCCGCGGGUGAACGGGCCUACGCUAAAGUCGCUUCCCUCUGGCCCUA